UUUUUUUUUUUAUAUGCAUAUAUGGACAUUAUAUAUAACGGAACAAGUCCUCCAAGAUUGAGGCGUAGCGCGGGGACAGGGACAAAUACCAAACAAAUAUACCACACAAACACAAACACACACAACAUACAACGUACUUGGGCUGGUUGGCGUUUUAUCAGCUUUACUGUCGUUUUCAUCUACCAUUCGUCUGUAAGAAUACUAGGGAACAGGGGAAUACGGCACAGCCGACACUAUCAACAUCGUUAUCAUUUAUCAACACCCAGAUCGGAAGGAGGGAGACAGAGAGUUACAAGUCUUGUUUGCUUUGAUUUUGAUCCAUUUUUGUUUUCUCUUUUGAAUCAAUUUCUUGUUAUUUUCUCGUUUAAAGGAGUUGCGUGCGUGUUGGACGAGAUGGGACGCUUGAAACAAACCUCCGAAUUCUGCAAAGAAUCGUCUUUUGAGUACCGGUGCAAUUGGAAAGGGAGGAGAGACCUCCAUGGAGAAACAGAUUAGUUUUUUUUU